AUGUGUUAUGAUCUGAUUGCAAGGUAUGGAAAAUGUGGGGAUCAUAAGGAGUGGGGUGGUGAUGCAAGCAUUGUAGUGUUUAGAGCACAGCAAGCCCAUGUGAGCCAUGGGGCUACGGAGCGUGGUGGGGAUCUUAGGAUCCAAUUACAAGAGUGUGAGAAGGCGAGGGAGUGGGAUGGUGGUUCUCGCGACUACGAUGGGGGUGGUGCAACUAAGACUCGUGGUGGUUGGGGUGGUGGGAUGGAGGUUAAGGGGCUUGAGGCUCGGGGUGAGUGUAAUGUGGCUGGGUGA